AGAAAAGCGCAAAGGGUGAACUUAUUGCUAAGGAGUGAUCUUCCCGAACCCUAAUAAAUAUGAAUGAAAUGAGAUACAUUUUUAAUAAUGUAAAGGGUAUCUUAACGAGCGAAAUGUAAGAUUCGGCUGGAUUUUGAAAUAUCAAAUGUCUGUUGACAUUAUGGCUGCGGAAGCACGAAGGCGAGCGAGAGCCGUUGUCAUGGAAACGGGGGGACUACCGCUGGUUUCUACGUUCGCACUUCUCACUAUAGUUGCAGGCCAACUGCAGGGUUCGGGAUACGGCGACCCGGCGGAGCCGGAAUUCCUGUCCCCAUUGGAGAACUUCACCGUCGCUCAGGGACGCGACGUUUAUUUCACAUGCACCGUCAAUCAUCUCGGCACCUUUAAGGUGGCUUGGAUAAAAUCCGACACAAAGAUGAUCUUGGCCAUGCACACACACAUGGUCAACAUCAACCCGCGUCUUUCGGUUACACACAACGGCCACAACACUUGGAAGCUGUACAUCAGCAAUGUGCAACCGAAGGACUCGGGCACGUACAUGUGCCAGAUCAACACGGAUCCCAUGAAGAGUCAAAUGGGUCACCUGUCCGUUGUGAUACCGCCUGACAUCGCGGACGACGAAAGCUCUCAAGCUAGCGCACCUGAAGGAGGGUCCGUAGAGCUACGCUGUACUGUCACAGGCGUGCCAGAGCCUACUGUGUCGUGGAAAAGAGCUGACGGAAGAAAUAUUAUAUUCCGGGAUGAAGGUGGCAGUGAAUUAAAAGUGAUGAGCAGCUACGCGGGAACGACGUUGUCACUUAAAGCACUGAAGCGGACCGAUAUGGGAACAUACUUCUGUAUCGCUGCAAACGGAGUACCACCAAUUAAGAGUCGGAGCUACGAGGUUUCUGUGCUAUUUGAGCCGAUUGUACGAGCGGCUAGCAUGGUCGUUUGGCGAGCCGCGGACUUGCAAGUCUCUCUUCAGUGUUACGUCGAGGCUUCUCCCAAGGCACUGACUAUGUGGCAGCGAGGAAAGUCACAAAAUGGUGCAAAGCUGUUAAAUAGCUCGAAGUACAUAAUAUCCCAAUAUUAUUUGAACGAGUACGCAAUGCGUAUGAAUUUGACGGUCAAUCGUCUCAAAAAGAGUGACUUUGGAGAGUACACUUGCUUAGCUGGCAAUGCCUAUGGGAAAGCGAAUGUAACCAUCACAUUAAAAGAAACGCCGCAGAAGACUACAACAACCACGACAACAACAACAACGACGACAACGGAGCGCACAACAACGACUAUCGCUGCGACAACACGACCACCGAAACGACACUACAAAAAGCAACAAGACAGGAACCAGAACGCACUCGACUUAGACAUUCACGGCAUAAACAACGCACUGAAUUUGUACAACGUUAACGCGUAUGGACCCUCGAAUAGUACGCAUAAUGAAUACGCCCAGCGAACCGAAAGGCAGAAAGUAAGGCCUUCUGGCCCACCGCGGCACUACGUCGUGUACAACAAAGCCACACGCUCUUACGCGCAUGUUUUCAUCUUCAUAAUAACUAACUUAUCAAUAUUGUAAACAAAAAUUAAGAUUUUUUUUUGUUUUUUUUUAAAUUAGGUGAUAAAACAUGGCUGUUGAAUUUUUUAAGAGUAAAGUAAUACGAAAUUGUUGUAAUUGAUUCAAGCGUUCUUCAAGCAAAAGAGGUAGCCGACGCGUUCAUUGUCAUAUGUGACAGGCGGUAGUGUAAGGAUAAUUACCAAAAUAGGCGAGUUAGACAACAGUACAAAGCUAUAAAAGCAAAGCUAGCCGCGAGUGUCUUUAAAAAAAAAAGAUUUCUGUGAUUUACCUGAUGGAGAAACCAGAAAAAAAGUCUCACCUACUAUCACACACAUCAGGACGUCUAAUCAUGAUUUUAGCGUAACACCUAGAUCAGAUACUGGACAGCACAAGCUAUGUACACAAGUAUGAAUCAACGUGUCCGCGUGACAGAUUGUCCGCAAAAGCGACCUCGCGUAGACCGCCACCGCCUCUGUUUGGUGUACGUUUACUCUGUACACUACGGUGUUGAGAUUGUUAUGUAUGUGAAUCGAAAAUUUAUGGCAGUCGACAAACAUACAAAAAUAAAUAUCAGCUUUAAUGUAAGUAUAGUUUAAGUUAAUCACGACCUUAAUUGGGACAAAUAUACUUACAAAUAGGGCCCUGAUUCUUUGAGACUUUAAAAUAUCUAUACAUAAAAUAGAGGACAUCAUAAAAUAAUACACACAAGUGCGUUAUAGUUGAAAUUUUAUCGACCAUUAGGGCCCAGCUAUAAUUCUAGGUCUGGGGAUGAGCCCUGAUAAACAUAAUAAUAUUAAAAUUGAAAUAUCUCGGUAAUAUCAAAAAAUCAUAUCAUUUUGUAUCACAGGAAAUUUAGAGUGUAAAAUGAAUCAGA